AUGGCGUCAUCCAACACUUCCCAGCGGCUACUGCGCGAGCUGAAAGACUACGCCAAAUCCCCCAACGAGGCCCUUCUGCACCUCCGCCCCGUGGACGACGACGACCUCCUCCGCUGGGAAGCCGUCCUGAAGGGUGUCCCUGGGUCGCCAUACGAGGGCGGCCUCUGGCACCUCCGGAUCGCGAUCCCGCCCAACUACCCCCUCGCCCCGCCGACCAUCCACUUCACAACGCGCAUCUCCCACCCCAACAUCUCCUUCACUACCGGCGAGAUCUGUCUGACCCUCUUGACGACCGAGCACUGGAGCCCCGUCUACACCCUGUCUUCCACGCUCACCGCCAUCCAUCAGCUCCUCACGGAUCCGCAGCCCGACUCACCGCUGAACGUCGACGUCGCGGCGCUGUUGCGUGACGGCGAUCUGCCCGCGUGGGAGAGCGUGGUGCGAUAUUGGACGGGCGAGGAGCGGUGGCAGGGGUCAUCUGCGAUGGCACGGUGA